AUGACGCGCAGAGCGCGCGUCGCCCCGGCCCUCGCUCCAGCUAAAUGCGGUUGCACAAAAGUAGCGGCGGGAUAUAUGAGGAUGCGGAGAUGGGCAUUGGGCGGUUGGGGAGCGUGAUGAGGCGAUAGCGACGGGAGUGGGCAGCUGUGCGGAUUUAAAACUUCAGUCAGGCGUUGGCGUUUGGGUAUGCGACGAUGACACGCAGCUUUGGAGAGUGCAUUUCUCUGAACUCUAGUACCGCUUGCAG